UCGGUAGACUCUCCUGGAUUGGCCCUCGGGUUUAACUUCUAAUUAAGUUAGCUCGCCGUAGGGCGCCCGUUAAUCGCGCGGAUCUGUUACGAUGUUUCAGGUGGACCAUUAAAGUAAACUGGCGACGUAAUAGGUGUUUACUACUUGGCCGGACUUCUUUACUACGGUAGAUGCUACUGUAAGGACUUGGCACGAAACAGGACAACCCCAAAAUGCAGCAGCAACCAGUAAUGGGAGAGGGAACGGCCUACGAGCUACCCGCCUACAAUUAUGAAGAGACAUUCCCAGUUCUUCCUGGGUUCGGAAAUCAAAUAUCCAGCAGUCCCAACCCAUUUGCCAGCAUAAAUAACAACAUGCGUAUCGAGCGUUCUGUGGUUACACAGGUUUUCCAUGUACCUGUUGAAGAACGAAAAUUUGAUCACAGUGAUAAAUUCGGAGAAGGAGAAUCCAUGCGUACCUGUCAAGCAAUAACGAAGGACACAGGUGCCCUAAUUGAGAUUUCAGCAUCAAAAGAUCAAUCCUUGACUUUCUUAGUCGCGGGCAAGCCGAAUGAUGUGCUCGAGGCCAAACGACGAAUUUUGCAAACGUUUCAAACCCAGGCAAGUAAACAGAUUAGCAUUCCCAAAGAGCAUCAUGGUAGUAUUCUUGGGAAGCAGGGGUUGAAGGUCAAAGAACUUGAGAAGAAUACGGGCACGAAGAUUAAUAUUCCCUCUCUGCAAGAUCAGUCGGAUUUGAUAACGAUCGUAGGUUCUAAGGAAGGUAUCGAAAGAGCUGAACAUGAAAUCCGAGUUAUCUCCGAUGAAAAGUCGAGGAAGGCCUUUGAAAAGAUAUCAGUACCAAAAAUUUACCAUCCAUUCAUUCAUGGUCCGUAUAAUGAGACUCUUAAUGCUCUGAUGAGCGAGACUGGAGUUCGAAUUAAUAUUCCUCCUACAUCGUGGCCACAGGAUGAGAUUACUAUAGUUGGUGAAAAGGAAGGUGUCCUAGCAGCGAAGCAGAAGAUCGAGAACAUUUAUAAAGAUAUGGAAAGCACGUGUAUUCCCGUGUCAAUAGAAGCAACUAAAUCCAAGCAUAAAUACAUAUAUGGACAUCGCGGUAGUAACGUUGCUGAAAUACUUCAACUUACUGGGGUGAGCGUAGAGCUUCCAGCAGCAGAUUCUACAGCAGAUACCAUAACUCUUCGUGGGCCUCAAUCAAGUUUAGGCCUGGCAUUGGAGAAGGUCUACGAGAAAAUAAAUAGUGUUUGCAUCGCGGUCGUGGACGCUCCGAGUUGGAUCCACAAGUACAUCAUAGGUCCAAAAGGAGCGGGCAUCAAUAAAAUCACCCAGGAUCUCAGUAAGGUGAUCGUAGAAUUCGAUGCCCAGGAAGGGAAAAUUAAAAUCGAGGGUCCUCCUGAUGAAGUCAGCAAGGCUAAGGUAGCUAUAGAAAUUAUGGCCAAGGAUUUUAUCUCCAAACUGACCUUCGACGAGCUGAACGUUGAUCGCAAAUACUUUAAACACAUUAUUGGCAAGAAUGGAGCCAAGGUGAAUCGCAUAAAGGAAGAGACUGGUGUAAAAAUUAGCAUAUCCGAGGAGGAUAACGAUAACAUUAUUCGUAUCGAAGGCACCGAGCAGGGUGUUUCUCAAGCCAAGCAAGAAUUAACGAAAUUGGUCGAGAAGCUAAUGACCGAUAAGGAAUUGGAAGUCAUCAUAGAUCAUCGCCAUUUCCGCAGCAUUAUCGGAAACAGGGGAGAGAAUAUCAAAGAAAUCCGAGACAAGUUUAGUCAAGUACAAAUCAAUAUCCCAAGUCCAGCCGAGAAGCGAGACGUCGUGACGAUUAGGGGGCCCCCAGAAGACGUCGAUAAGUGUCACGAAUAUCUUAUGAAAUUGGUCGAGGAAUUGAAGGAGCAUAGUUACAAGUUGGAAGUUUCGAUCUUCAAGCAAUUCCACAAAUUCGUUAUCGGGAAAGGCGGUGCUAAUAUUCGUAAGAUUCGAGAGGAAACGCAAACGAAGAUCGAAUUGCCAGCCGAAGGAGAGAAAAGCGACGUCAUCACUAUCAUCGGAAAGAAAGAAAAUGUUGAAGAAGCUAAGGAAAGAAUCCAAAGUAUCCAAGAAGAAUUGGCCAACGUCGUUAUAGACGAGAUAGUGAUUCCACCGAAGUUUUAUAAUUCUCUCAUUGGCACCGGCGGUAAACUGAUAGACUCUAUCAAAGAUGAUUGCGGUGGUGUCACCAUAAAGUUCCCUCCUGCCAAAAGUCAGAGUGACAAGGUGAUCAUUAGAGGUGUAAAAGGACACGUUGAGAAAGCAAAGCAGCAACUUUUGGAGCUGACCAACGAAUUCCAACUAUCUAGUUACUCAGCGGAAGUUCGUGCCAAGACUGAUCAUCACAAAUUCCUUAUCGGAAAAAGCGGUGCCAAUAUUAAUAAGAUAAGAGAAGCUACCGGGGUUCGUAUCAUAUUCCCCUCGGAGAAGGACGAGGACAAAGAGGUCAUCACCAUUAUCGGGAAGAAGGAGGCCGUUGAAAAGGCUAAAGCGGAACUUACGGCCACUAUCAGUGAAAUUGAUAACGAAAGUGAAAUCAGCAUCGAUCCAAAGUAUCACAGACACUUCGUGGCACGUAGAGGUGGAGUUUUACACCAAAUUAGUGACGAAUGCGGAGGUGUCCAGAUUUCAUUCCCCCGAGCUGGAGAAGACAGCGAUCAAAUCAUUAUAAGGGGAGCUAAAGAGUGUAUAGAAGCUGCUAAACAGCGCAUGCUCGAAAUUGUUCAAGAACUUGAGUCUAGAGUGACCAUAGAGUGCGUAAUACCGCAGAAACAUCAUCGCGCGGUAAUGGGUGCAAAAGGACGGAAAGUGCAAUUAAUCACGUCUGAAUACGACGUGCAAAUUAAGUUCCCUGAUCGUGAUAUGUAUGACGAUCAACGACCCGCGGAGCAAGUUAAUGGAGAAGGAGGAGAGGCGCCGGACGCCGUAUCUCCCUGCGAUGUGAUUCGCAUCACGGGUAAACCUGAAAACGCUGCAGCGGCUAAACAAGCUCUCCUCGACCUCGUUCCCAUUAAAAUCGAGGUGAACGUGCCAUUCGAUCUUCACCGAUGGAUUAUUGGUCAAAAAGGUCGCGAUGUUCGAGAACUCAUGGAUAAGCACGAUGUGCAUAUCAUCCUGUCUCCUGCCGACGAGAAAUUAGACUACAUCAAGAUUUCCGGGACGCCUUCGUGCGUGGAAAGUGCGAAGGAAGCCAUCCUGGAGCGGUGCAAGGUUUUAGAAGCCGAACGAAAAGACCAAGCUCUGAAGUCGUACGAGUUGAAGAUCGAGGUCAAUCCAGAAUAUCAUCCGAAAAUCAUCGGGCGCAAAGGAGCUGUGGUAACGAAAAUCCGGACCGAUCACGACGUUCAGAUUCACUUCCCCCGGAAGGGAGAUCCUGACGAACAUAUCAUUACGAUCACUGGUUAUGAGAAAAACACUCACGAAGCUCGUGACGAUAUCAUGAAGAUAGUUAAUGAGCUGAAAGAACUAGUGAAAGAGGAGGUGCACAUAGACGCGGCCGUGCAUUCACGAUUGAUCGGGGCCCAAGGAAAGAAUAUACGCAAGGUAAUGGCUGAACAUAACGUCGAGAUUAGGUUCCCUCGCCCGGACAAUCCGGACCCCAACAUAGUGACCAUCAUCGGCACGGAGAAGAACGUUUUCGACGCCAAGGAUCGCCUUCUUAGUUCGGAGGAGGAAUACCUACAAGACAUACAGGACACGGAACUGCGUACCCGCUACCGUUCCGGCCGCGUCAAGGAGAAUCACGGGGGCUCGGGCAGCGAAGCGAGCAUCGUGGUGAAGCAACCUGCUGUUGCUGCUCCCAGGACAGCCCCCAACACCGAGAGCGUCGAGGACUUCCCGACGUUCGUGGGCUACACUCCAGUCCCGACGACCACCCCUGACGGUCCCUGGGGAGUGAAGCGUUAACGUGCCCGCGCCCUGAGAGGCCGCGAGUUUCUAACGAGAUGCGGAAAAAAAAGAAAAGAAACGGGAAAAGAUAUAUAUAUAUAUAUAUAUAUUAUAUAUAUGAAAAAAGAAACGUAUACGUAAGAUGUAAACCUUCCUCUGACAAGCGACGACCUCGAGGGUUCGCUCGGGACGCACUCGAUCUCGUCCGCGUGUCGGGCGGUUCCCUGCUCCAUUACUGACGCUGCUGCUGCAUAUGUUAUCUCGACCCUGGCCACUCUCUCGGACUUCGACACUGGUUUUGCUGCACACAAUGUAACGACGACGCGGAAUGUGUUUAUAUAUAAUUAUGAUACCGUUUAUCGUGUACACCGACGUCCCAUGUAUCUGUAGCUGAAACGCGCCGACCCGGGACCGGCGACGUCGACCACGAAGAGACGCGAGGCCGGGUCCACGACGUGCAAUCCAAGGAUCCCGACGAGCGUCUUUUGAAUGUCGUUCGACCGCGGGAAAUACUUAUUUCAAUCGGGGCGAUUUCGGUGGACUCGAAGGGGCAGGAUAGACCGCGAAAUCUCGAGUCGGGACUCCCGGACCUGGCCUCCGAUCCUUGGUCGUUCCCCUUCCAGGUACAGAUACGUCGUACUUAAGACUGUGGCAUCGUUAGGGGGACAUGUAACGACUCUCGCGCGUUUCCUCGUUUUGCUUGAAGCCCUUCCGUUUCCGAAUCUGGACGCCGUCCUCGAAAGUUGGGCAGCGCGGGCGCGACGAGAAGGGUCCGAAACGGGCGCGUCCAGCUGCGCUCUUUCGCAUCGUUAUAGGGCCGCGAGGGUCCGGCAUAUGAUCCUCUUCUUUAUUUAUUUAUAAUUUUUGUACAUAAAUUGCAUUUUCGUUCCCCUGUCCGCGUUGGACCCUGGCGAGGAAUCACCCAGCAGCGCGCGUGCGCGUGUUUGCUAGAUUUGUUUAAGCAUAUUCAAGCUCGUUUCGGCGUUGCCGUGCGAGGUCGGCAGCGCGGAAUCUAGAUGCGAUUUGAGGCGAGAUGUCCCGAAUGGAAGGACCUCCAGAGAGGUCCUUGGAAGCCUCUCGAGCGGGACGUCCUCGAGACGCGAUAGCGACGAUCUGGGUCCGACUUGGGAUGGUCGUUCUAGCUCGUCCUGGGAUAGUCCUUAAAUGGUCUUUGGAUACCUUAGGACGUCGCAGCAUCUUCUAGAAGGUCCUGGCAAGGUUUUACGGGUCGUCUAGGACUUCAUAGCCUCUGGAAAGAUGCUGAGACUUACUAAGGCUAUCAAAAGAUCUUGCGAAGACUUUGAACUAGCGAUGCGACAAGUUGAAUGUUUCAACUAGGUAAAUUCGAGCCAACGCGAGUAGUUUUGAUUGUAGCUCGAGUUAUCUCUGCGAAUGAAUUGCGGCUACGGGAAUAAGAGCGAAACCGAGGUCCCUACUUGUACAGUGGUGGGCAUGAAUGCCUUCUUUGCAUCUGCAAAUAUCUAUGGCGUCGUGUCAUGAUGGGAAGUCAUUCAUGUCCGCCGUAGACUUAAGGGGGUGUAAAAGUGGUAUCUGAGUAGUCAAUCGUUCAUGAAAACUUUUCUCCGAACUGGGUCUAUCGAAUUGUACGAAACUUUGCAACGUGAACGCGAGGACUGUAAGGAAGGUCCUGACACCCAUGAAAUAUCAUUUUUUAUAAACAAUUUUUAAAAUAAGUAUAUACAAAUUUGUAAGAAAUUGAAACUUCACGGGUGCUAGGACUUUCUCAUCGCCUCCGUGUCCACGUUGUAAAGUUUGAAACCACUUGGUAUACUUAAUUGGGUGAAAAGUUUCAUAAACGAGACCUCUUUGACGCCACUUUCGCAUUCCCUUAACUCGACGAAUGGAGGCGAACGUGGUCCGAAUUUGUCAGCGAAUACUCGACUCGAGUUUGAGAGAGUCGAGGCGAUGAAGUGAUCCGACUAGUGAUUACUUUGAACCUCGGUUUCGGCAACCUCGAUGUUCGCAUCUCCCAGGACGUCUUGAGGCGAUCCCAAGGAACACCCUAGGACCUCUUGAGAUGGACGUAUACGGUCGGUAUACAGUCCGAAAGGAUAUCAAAGGGUGUCGCGAGACGUGUAAUAUCAGUCCCAGCGAUUUAAUUUCGAAUCGAAUAGGACACUGCUGGAUCUUCAGGGGAGACACCUUGUCGACUCGGCGCCGGUCUUGGAGUCGGUGCUGGAUUUAAAGGGCCUCGAGUACGAGGUUUAGCCGGUUCAAUCGAACCCACUUAUUGCGAUCUUCUCGUUACUAAAACGGGGAAAAUGACCCGUCCAGGUCGUCCCUCGGGGUCCUCGAUACCCACAACUUGCCUCUGAUCUUGAUCCAGCACCGAUUAAGGCGUCUCCGGGGUAACAAGAUCAGGGACGAACACACUUGCAUUCGAUACUUUUAUAAUCUGAAAUCAAAAUCGAAGUGCAUGGGUUAGUCGACGACAAUAGUAAAUCAUGUGCCGAUUAGUUCGCGAUCUACUUUAACGUGAGUGCUUGUAAACCUUUCCGUUAGCCCGAGGGUCUUUUAGAUAAGGAAGUUUUAGCUAAAAGUUAGCGGGAAAAGGUAAAUUCUACGUCUUUGCCGGAUAACGAGGAUGAUAUGUCGUUCCGGUGCGAUAGUCCGACGUUAGUUAGUUAUGAGCGCUAGCACGAGAUUCGUUGUUAAGGGACUCGAGGCUGAGUCUCGCGCCAAGUGCACGGCGAUCUACUCUGGCUAUCCGCGUAAUUCCCUACUUACAUAUACGUCACUACCGGCGUCUGCAAUUGUAAAAGUAUCUGCCGAAUACAAGUAUGCCCCUUCCUGAACUGGCUAACGAUCUAAGUGACGGUUAUAAUACCAAUUGCGAUGACGAUUCUCGUCGUAGUCGACGCGCAGAUUGGCGCGCGCCUGACUUUGCACACCGGAUAUCCGUUAUAACGCGGCUUUGCAUUAGAUUAUUACGGGUUACCCGAUCUGCCGAUGUACUUGGGGCAUCGCGAUACUUGCCAAGGUUUGCGGAGAUCUGCGAUUAGACAAAUGUCAGGUCUAUUGGGCGUGAGAGAAAGAGCGAGACUAUCAAAAUUUCACGUUACCUUGGCGGUCCAUGACGGGCGACACCCUUAAGGUGAUGUGAAAGGGUAACUCUAUUGGGUUGAUGCAUAAGUAAUGGCGUUUUUUUACACCUUACCGUUACGUGUUAAAACGCCAUUACUUAUGCAUCAUGAUAUAUAUAUAUCAAAAUGUGAAAAUAUUUAUAAAAUUUAUCUUCAAACUAGGCGCAUUGAAUCAUCUGGACCUACGGCGCGUGUUUGUGAAAGUCCUAAGGAAGGAUGCUGGUGGAAUUUCAUUUUUCGACAAAAAAAAAAUUGUCUUCUCGGUUCUUGUCCGAGAUAGAUACAAAUUUUAUUUUUCGAAAAAUCUAAUUUUGACGAAUAUCGCGAUUUUCCUUAGGGCCUCUAUAAUCUCGUGAUGGAGUUUCAAACGAUUCGGUGCACCCAAUUUGGAGAAGAUUUUUACAAAUACUUUGACUUUUUUGUAUGUAUUAAUGACACUUUCAUAUCACCUUAAGGGGAUGCGAAAGUGGCACUCGAAAGGCCAGUCGUUCAUCAAACUUUUCUACCAACUGGGUGUAUCAAAUCGUUUCAAACUGUACAACGUGAACAUGGGGACUACAAGGGAGAUCCUGACACUCGAGAAAUUUCAUUUUUUAUAAAAAAUGUUAACAAUGUCCAUAAGCAAAUUUUAAAAAAAUUGAAAUUUUAUGGGCGUCAGGACCUUCCUUGUAGCCUCAAUAUACACAUUGUCAAGUUUGAAGCGAUUCGGUGCAUCUUGUUCGGAAUCAUAAAUGAGAUCCUCUUUGAUGCCACUUUCACGUCACCUUAAAGGGUAUUGUCUAUUCGCUCCCGGAACAAUUGGGACGUCCGUACAUCGCACUUUUGUAUUUGCAGAUCUCUGUAGAACGUUUUGUUAGUGCUUUUCCCAUUCGUCGUCUACAUUUUGCCGUUUUGUAGACCCAAGGGAUGUAGAUCGGGCUUCUCGCAGAUGCCUGCUUCGGACUCAAGAGACGCGUUAUAACGGAGUUCUGAUGUAUAUCAUAUGAAUUACCGUUAGGACGGGUGGGUUCUAAUUUAUUCUUCCUUUUUCCUCUCUCUCUCGAUUUUCGUUGAUCGGUAUGUCGACACGUACCGUGCAUGCCUCUCGCCUGCACACAACGCGUACACACUAUUUGCGAGGCCAACUAGUUAAGAGGACAAAAACUAUUCGGUUCAAGUGCCUUGUCUACUUUCUUCGAGACAGCUCAUUUCAAUUGUUGGAGGAAUGUGAAUACUAGAAUUAUGUAUAUGAUAUUGAUAAUAAUAAUAUUAUUAUAACGAUCACGAUUCUACUACCGUGUAUGACGCGAUAAGCAUCGUGAGUACCCGCGCUCCGAUUGCCACCCACGAGGGAGGGUGAGGGGGUACUUCUUUACCGACCAUUGCCGACAUAUUGCAGUUUCUUGGUUCUAGGGUAGAUGUAAUUUGCAGAGAAUCCGUCGAACGGGUUUUUCGACGGGUCGUGCAAAUAUCGACGAGUACGGUUGGAGUGGGCCAUUGUCAAUAGUUGACGGUAAAACGGUACCUCCGUGUCAUCUUAAGGUGAUGUGAACGUGACGUCGAAGUGGUCUCGUUUUUUAUUAAACUUUUCUCCAAAUUGGGCCUACCAUCAUUUCAAACUUGACACUGUGAAUACAGCGGCUGUAUGCAAGGUCCUGAUGCUCAUGAAAUUUUAAUUUUUUUUUUUGUUUAGAGAUAUCAAUAUUUUUUAUAAUAAAUGAAAUUUCACGAGGGUCAGGACCUUCUUCAUAGCCUCCAUGAUCACGUUGGAAAGUUUGAAACGAUUCGGUACACCCAGUUCGCAGGAAAGUUUCAUGAACGAUUGCCCAUCCGGAUGCCACUAUCACAUCCCCUUAAAGGGGUUUGUAGAUUGCGAAAUGUGUUUUACAAGUUAAUCUCAAAAAGAGAACGAAAAUAUGGAGAAAAUGUUGCAAGGCCAUUUUGCUUGGUGUUUGGUGGAGAAUUUAAGAUAAAAGGGACUUUUAAAAUUGUUUUAAAAUGGAGGACUUGUGGAGGCUGAAAAUUUCUAAGUCUUUUUUUUCUACGGGGUGCAUGAUUCCAAGAGAACGGCGAGUCUGGGACAAAUAGUUAAGGUGGUUUUGUAAACUAUGGAAGAUUGUUUAAGAAAAGAUGGCACAAUAUUUUCGAUGAAAAUAGUAAAUAUCGAAAAAAAAAAAAAA